ACCACCCGGAAAUUCCAAGGGACGGUGUGACAUUCUGAGGAAUAUGGGAGUGAAGGUUUGAGAAUGUUUUGAUGUCUGUUCGUGAAAAAAACACGGUCAGUUAACAACAUUACGUAGAAAUGACAGUCUGGAAAGCACUUGAGACUCCACAGCUUGGAGUAGCUAUCUACAACUUCCAUGGAGACGGUUCGCAUAAACUCAAACUCCAGCUUGGUGAGACUGUUCAAAUCUUAGAAGAGAGUUCAGGAUGGUUUCGAGGGUUUUCUUUGAGGAACAAAGCCGUCAAGGGUAUAUUUCCAGUGUCAUAUAUCUAUAUUAAGGAUGCCAACAAAGAAGAGUCCUCAAGUGGGAGGGUAGGUGUCUUUAAGGAAGAAGCUUUGGUUGAAGAACUGACAUCUGUCCUUAGAGAAUGGGGAGCCAUGUGGAAACAAGUCUAUUUGAAGAGAGAAGAUAGCCUUUUUCAUAAUGUGAAGGAUCUGAUGUUGGAACUAAUGGACUGGCGAAGGCAAAUCUUAGCUAAAGCACUUCCAGGGGAUCAGUUAAAACAACUGAAGCAGAGAGUUACCCAAACAAUAGAUUAUGGAAACAGGACAUUAGGUUUGGAUCUUGUUGUGCGUGAUCCUGAGGGUAACGUCAUCAAUCCUGAUUCAACAGGGGCUAUUCAACUUUACAGAAGGCAUGUCAGUACUUCAAACAGAAUAAAGACAACGUCACGAACUGAAACGCCCAAGAAAGAGGUUGCAUUUUACACAGCUUACAGUGUUUAUGCCUUCAUAAAGGCUGUUGUAUGCAAUGUCACUGAUGACUCUCAGCUGUUCCUCUCCCUUUAUGAUGCAAAAGAGGAGCACUUUAUCAGUGAACAGUACCUGGUUUCUUUGGAUAAGGCAGGAACACCAAAAGAUCAAGAGAGAUUUAACAACCUCACAGUCCUGUUUACAGACUUGGGAGCAAAGGACCUGAAACGAGAACAGGUUUACAUGGUCUGCCAGAUUGUCAGAGUUGGGCGUAUGGACAUCAGGGAGACAGAUACCAAAAGGCUCACUCACAAUUUGAGAAGACCAUUUGGUAUUGGAUUGUUGUACAUUGGAGACUUGUUCAAUGGCACUGCUCAGUACGAUGAAGAAAAGGAACAUUUCCUGAAUCUUCUUCCACUUCCUGAUAACCAGUCAUUUUCAUUCAACUCUUGGAUAAGGCGGAUGAUUUCUCAGCCACAGGAAGGGCUGAAGGGACAAGGAAUCUGUAUAUCACUGAAACUUAUUUCAGGAGAUGUCGAACAGAUACGGGAGGAGCAUCCACUCCUUGUAACAAAACAAACAGCUAUUGCACGAAAACUUGGUUUCCCUGAAGUCAUCAUGCCAGGUGAUCUUCGUAAUGACCUGUAUCUUACCUUUCACUCUGGGGAAUUUGAAAAAGGUAAAAAGACUGCAAAUAAAAAUAUCGAAGUUACAAUGCACGUUCUCUCAGAUGAUGGAACAAUUCUUCAGAAUGUGAUCUCCAUUGGUGCAGGGGAGGAACUGGUCAGUGAAUACCGUUCAGUUAUUUUCUACCAUGUUGGCAAACCUGAAUGGGUGGAGACAAUCAAGUUAGUCAUCCCAAUAGAGCAGUUCCAAACCUCACACGUCAGGAUUAUGUUCAAGCACAGAUCUGCAAAUGAUGAAAGAGACAGAGUUCAAAAGUGCUUUGCCUUUUCACACUCACGACUCAUGUACAAUGAUGGAACUACACUACAGGAUGGAAUACAUGAGCUUUUGGUCUACAAGAAUGAUCAUGGGAGGAUCCCACAUCCCAAGGCUUACCUUCAUCUUGCAUCCAAGAAAGAUGACGUUCUUCCUGCCAAGUCAAGCAAUGUUCCAUUCACAGCAACAAAUGACAAACUCAAGAUUGAAACCCUUCUCUGCUCGACCAAACUGACACAAAACGUUGAUCUUCUUGGACUACUCAAGUGGAAUUCUAUGGUUGGAAAGUUAAAACACAUCCUUGUAACUGUGAUGAAAGUCAGUGGUGAAGAAAUCGUCAAGUUCUUGACGGAUACUUUUGAUGCGCUGUUUGCAAUUUUGAUGGAGCAUGCCAACAAGUAUGACAAGCUUGUGUUUGAUGCGUUGGUUUUCACAAUCAGUUUGCUAGCCGACAAGAAGUAUCACCACUUCAGACCCGUUUUGGAUGCCUAUAUAGAGGAUCUGUUUGGAGCCACAAAAGCGGAUCACAUUCUCAUCUCAGUAUUCCUGGAGUAUAUAAAUUACGCAACAGUAGAACAGCAACUAGACAGACUUCGCAUGGAUCACCUUCUCAGGGCUAUGAAGGCCAUGGAAUACAUUUUCAAAUUCAUUGUACAGUCCAGAAUUUUGUUUGAAAGAGCGGUUGGCGACAAGGGUCAGUCCGAAUUUGAAGAGAGCUUGAGAAAACUUUUCCAGGCUUUGGUGCAGUUGAUGGCAGACGUUAAGAAUGAGACACUGCUGACUCAGGGGGCUGCCUUGAAGUACUUCCCAGCAACAUUUGUAGACUUGAUGCAAGUGUUUGAUUGCAAAGAGCUGAGUUACUAUGCGAGAGAAUUCAUUGAGAAAAUUCCAGAGAAGCGGUUAACUUCCCAGAAAAUGGACUGUAUUCACAACAUGGUGAAGACAAAGCUCUUUGAAGACCAAGAAUCCCGUUACGUUCUGCUUCCCAUGGUUGUAGAACAACUUAAAAACGAGAUGAAGAAGACGGAAGAAAUGAGGCGCUGCAUCGAUAUCUUGAACGAUAUUUUGAUCACUCUGACAAGAAAGGACGUGGGUAACACUCAUGAUGAUGUCCUGCUGUUGGCGACAUCACUGUUACGUGUUGUGGUCAAAACUGUGAUCACGAUGGAUCGCUCACUUUCUGUCGUGGGUAACUAUGUAGCGUGCUUGAUAGCCAUGCUGCAGUUGAUGGAUGAGAAACAUUAUCAGAAGUACGUGACACACUUUCCUUCAGACAAAGAUCUGCUGGAUUUUCUCAUGGAGCUCUUUCUGCUGUUUCGUGAGCUGUUAAGCAACAAUAUUUUCCCCAAAGACUGGAUGGUGAUGACCAUGGUUCAGAACAGCGUGAUCUUAGAUGCCAUUCAAUAUUUUUCCGAGGCAAUGCAGGAUCUCUUUGGAGCGGAUUCAUUUGAGUAUCAAUUGUGGAACAAUUUUUUCUAUCUGGCGGUGGCGUUUGUGACCCAGGAAUCGUUGCAGUUGGAAACUUUCAGCACCACAAAGCAAGACAAGAUAUUAGAGAAGUAUGCAGACAUGCGCAUGACUAUUGGAUUGAAGAUCAGUCAGAUGUGGCAUUUGUUAGGUGAUCACAAAAUAGAUUUCAUUCCCAACUUAGUUGGACCUUUUCUGGAGAUGACGUUGAUUCCGCACAGCGAGCUUCGUCGAGCUACAAUACCCAUUUUCUUUGACAUGAUCCAGUGCGAGUAUGCCAGCAAAGGGAAUUUUAUAUCGUUUGAAAGUGAAAUGAUCAGCAAACUGGAUGUGCUUGUUGAGGGUGGGAAAGGAGACACACAGUACAAGGAACUGUUUUAUGAGAUCUUGUCCGAGCUCUUCAACCCACUUCCGCCACAGCAGAAAGAGGAUGGCAUCAGGUUUGUUGGCCUGGUUACCAAACUCAUGGAGAGACUGCUGGACUACAGAACCGUCGUACUGGGAGAUGACAACAUUGACAAUCGAAUGAGUUGCACUGUUAAUGUCCUGAAUUUCUACAAAGAGACAUAUAAGAAAGAAGAAAUGUACGAUCGGUACGUGUACAAGUUGUGUGAUCUUCACCUCAGUGUUGAGAACUACACUGAAGCCGCCUUCACGCUUCUUAGAAGAGCAGAUGACCUCGAGUGGACUGAUGAUCCAGUUUUUUCGAGUCAAGGGAAGUAUCGCGCGACAACUCAGCGCCAGCUGAAAGAAAUGCUCUACAACAACAUUAUUGACUACUUUGACAAAGGAAAGUGCUGGGAGUACGCCAUUAAACUAUGCAAAGGUCUUGCCGUGCAGUAUGAGGAGCAGACAUUUGAUUUCAUUCAGCUCAGUCAGAUUUUGAUCAAGCAAGCCAAAUUCUAUGACAACAUCAUCAAGGUUGUCCGCGGAGAUCCUGAGUACUUCAAGGUUGCCUUUUAUGGACUUGGCUUCCCGACAUUCCUCAGGAAUAAAGUUUUCGUCUAUCGUGGCAAGGAGUACGAGAAAAUUGGCGAUUUUGUUGUUCGUCUUCAAAGUCAAUACCCUAGUGCUCAGCUUCUCAAGCUGAAGGACGUCAUUACCAAUGAAAUCAAGUUUUCUAACCAACAGUAUCUCCAAAUCAACAAAGUGGACCCAGUGCCCGUUGAGAAACGGAAAUUUCAGAGAAAGAACAUUUUGGAACAAAUAACCAAAUUCUACGAGGUCAAUAACGUGAACCAUUUCCAGUUUUCCAGGGGAGUACAGAAAGGAGAGGUUAAGAAGGAUAACGAAUUUUCGACGCUGUGGCUGGAAAGAACAACAAUUUACACCAAGUUCACAUUUCCAGGCAUUUUGUGUUGGUUUGAGGCAACAUCCAUCGAAACGGAGGAGUUAAGCCCUGUACAGAAUGCCUUAGAGACCAUGGAGUCCACCAAUAAACAGCUGCGCUCUCUUAUUGGUCGGUACAAGGUGGACCCCAACCUGAACAUCAACCCCCUGAGUAUGAAGCUGGGUGGAAUUAUUGACGCUGCUGUCAUGGGAGGAGUCAGUAAUUUUGAAAAGGCAUUUCUCACUCCUGAAUUUGUCAAACAGAAUCCUGAUUACGAGCCGUAUGUGGAGAAACUCAAAGAUUUGAUCGUUGAUCAGGUGGACAUUUUAGAAGAAGGAAUGUCUCUACACGGUAAUCGUGUCUCCGCUGCUCUGAAACCUUUCCAUGAAAAUCUGGAGAAGCGCUUUAAGGAAAUGAAGAUCAAGACUGCUCCCUUUAAGAAGGCUCGUGCCAGUUCUUCGGGUAAUCGGACUCCUGACGGGUCUCCCUUCGCCAGCCGUUCCAUGACGACGGUUCGAAGAUCAGGCCCCGACAGACCUACAACGUUUGCGCGAGACAGCCUGGAUCAGAUGCACCAGUCCUACAGCGGAUGGACCGAUUCUGUUGUUGCUAAGAAUGGUAGAAACAGUCCCCCUCCGCUUCCAGUGAAGUCCAUGACCAUGUCUGGGCCUGCUACGGGGCGUGGUCGACCCCCGAGGAGGAAAACCACUGAAGUGACAAUGUCCCACCUGGAAGAAGAGUUUCCAAGUUCAGUGAGUCCUUCUUCCGAAAUCGCCCCUGCUAAGCCGCCCAGACCAGCACCAUCAGCACUCCACUCCCAACCACAGGCGAACCAGCCUCCAGAACUGCCACAAAAGAGUAUGAAGAAAAAGUCAGGUGACGCAAAUCAGCGCUCCAGUACUGAGUCUAGUGGAUCAGACGGUACUGAGCAAGUGGAGCAGUCUCCAGCCCUUCCACCGCGUGCGUCCAUGAUGGUAAAACAGUCGCCUUUACUUCCUCCUAAGAAUCGAUGAACAUAAAGGCACAGUAAACGAAACGUCUGCCAACGGAUGGUGAUAUGAACUUGUUUUUAACUUCCUCGGCUUCUUAACUGCAUCUCUGGUUUACCUUUUAUUAUCCAAUAUGGGUAUUGGUGUGGCUAUGGUCAUCACAGUUUGCAUAUUGUAUUAAUAAUAUUAGUGUUUUUUAAUUGUUAACGUAGCUCUUUAUAUAUACAAUGUCAAUUGUUAUGUUAAAUCCUAAACGAGUGAAUUCCAUUUGAAUAUGAUAAUUUUAAGUGAUAUAUACCGAAUAAUGUUGGAAUUAAUUUUAAAGAUUUUUAUUGGUGUCACAAACAGAUGCAAAUGGUGAUUCAUAAGCAUUUUAUUAUUCCAGGCAUUUAUUUUUAAUAACAAUCAAAUUUCUAUUUUAAAAGUGGAUUACUUUAGGGCAUGGGCCAGUGUCCGCUUAAUACAGGUCAAUAGAAAAUCAACCUUAAGCAUAGAAAAUUAUAGUGAGUUGUACUGUAAAUGAAGACCUAUGUUUUGUGUUCAAAAGUAAUGCUUUUGCGUUCAGUCUAUAACCGGUAAAAAAAAAAACACACUUGUGUCAAAUACCUUGGCAUUUUUGUCUCGUGUGACCUGGAUAUUGCCCGCGCAAGAGUACAAAUUUCAUAUGAAGAAAACGUACUUUGGUGGGCAAUGCAUGCAAGAUGAAUUAAGCCUUAAGUAGCAAUGCGUUAGAUGUGUUGCAAAAUCGAUCGAUAUUUUUUUUAAUCUCAUCAUAAAAUCCUUUUUAAUAAAUCGGCAGGAAGACAGAGUUUUAUUUUCUCCGGUCAUGUAUAGUCAUUUCAAUAGUAGUAGUAUUUCUCAAAAGGAAAAUAUAAUGAAAGUAUUUUUGCACUGUGA